AUGAAGCCGCAGCCGACGCUUAUGAAGAAAGCACAGCAAGACGAUUCACUUCCACCCUUCAUGCUCCUCCCCGGCACCAUACUAGUACUCCCAGCCAACAAACGCUUUGCCGUUGAGUUCGCCCAAGUUAUAACGCGUCGCUUGGGCCGGCGACCGGCAUUUCGAUCGGAAACCUGUGACGGAACUGGUAUGACUAUUAUAUGGUUUAAUGACGGAGCAAAUGCGCGCUUUAGAAGGGCAAUGGAAAAGACGGUACCUAGUAAUCUAUCCCAAUCAAUCAACUUGUGUCGCGUUGAACAGUCCCUCCGGCACGAUAUGGCUCAGCUCAACGACGCGGCGCGGGUCUACGGCUACUCAGCACCCCCUGCACACGCAAAAGGACGACGGAACAUACCGCAGUACCCGCGAAAUUGCGUGUGGGGGCAGAGCUCCGGGAACCGCGCAACACUGAGAUGCAUCGACGCGUUCCCGCCCGCGCAGGGGGCAGCGUAG